AUGUCUCUAUCAUCCCACGACUCUUCUAAGAAACCCACGCGUACAAGGGAGCGCAAACCACGAGGGCGAGGUCUUCGAACGCGCACAGGCUGCCUCACUUGCCGGAAGCGUCACUUGAAAUGCAACGAGGCCAAACCCAUCUGUGGACCAUGUACGAGAAGCAAUCAUCCCUGUGUCUACGCAGACCCAAAUGCUUCUUCUCAUUCAGAUUCGACUUCGACUUCGAAUUCGGCCUCAAAACAAACCUCGACAACACCUUCUAUGACCAAUUCAACCGCCCCAUCAGUCAUCACAAAUCCUGAUCUCGAUUAUCCAGACCCAUCUGAAAGUUUCGAGCUGGCCCUGAGGACUUCCUGGAGCCAUAGGAAUGCCUCGGGAGACAAGCCUUCACACCUUGCCUCUCGAGCGACAGGUUGGCAGGCAAGAAACGUCCGCCACACUUCCGUACCUCACUCUAUUAAUGGAGUGGAGUAUGAUCGAAUUGGAGGCAUGCCAGCUCACUGGACGCCAAUAAUGGAUGACUUGGAUUCCACCCGCUUUAGCCCCGGUCCGCCAUCAUUACACAGCGAGAUGAUGUCCCCUUCUGCACCAUACGGACACACAUACGGCCCUGUCAGCAUUGCCCGUUCGUACACUGGUUCAGACGAUAUCCCAAUCACCUCUCAUCCAGGAAGUUCGAGGAUUAACCCAGAUGCAGCGGUUGCGAAAUGGUUCGGACAACUGGCUGGUGACACAGAUUUCCGACACGGAAGUCCCAGCUCCGACGCCGACUGGGCUGGCCGCAGACGAAGUAAUUCAUACACGCAACAGCCCGAGACGAUGGAUGCGUCUCAUAGUUUUACUGUGGAUACCCAACAGUAUUCACCCAGUACUGCAGAAGCAGGCAGUCAACCCUCUGGAAUCAGCCUAGUCCCUCGAUCUGAAGACCAAGCCCUGGCAAUAGAAUCUCAUCAAUGGCGAUCGAAAGAUGUCUUGACCAUGACACCACGUGAAGUCGAGAUCUUUGACAAUUUUGUCGCUCGGAUCAGUCGAUGGCUCGAUUUGUUCGAUCCGCUCCAAAACUUUUCCACACAUAUACCUCAUCUCGCCAUGCAUAACAUUGGCCUGUUGAAUGCUAUCCUCGCGCUUUCGAUCUGUCACUUGUCUUUGACUCCUAGCCAUGUCAAUAAGAUAACUCCCAAUCGAAACGACGCUGUACAAUAUUACCACGAAGCACUCCGAUAUAUCCAGGAUGCAAUGAAACACGAUUCAUAUAAUAGAAGUGACGAACUUCUCUCCACUUGUCUGAUUAUCUCUGCAUAUGAGAUGAUCGAUGGUUCACGCAAGGAUUGGGAAAGACAUCUUCAAGGGUUCUACCGACUCCAAAGAUCCCAGCUCAUCCAUGGCGAAUCCCAAGGUAUCAAACAAGCCGUCUGGUGGGCAUGGCUUUCUCAGGACCUCUGGGCAGCAUUCCGAGAGAAGCGCAAGCCUUACACUUCCUGGACCCCCACAAAAGAUUAUAGCAACAUGACGCCUUAUGAAUUCGCUGCUCGCUCCGUCCAUUUGAUGGCACGAGUGGUUUCGUAUUGCUCUCAGUCAGAAAUUGACCAAGGCGAGCGUAAUUUUAAGAGCCGUAUCGCGAAGGCGGACCAUUUGACCAGUCUGCUUGACGAGUGGCACCGAAAUUUGCCGAUCGAAUUUAGUUCCUUACCAAUGUCUUCCAAGGCUGGCAGUGUUUUUGAACCGAUUUGGGUACAUCCCCCAGCAUUCAGUGUUGCGCUCCAGUUGCAUUAUGCAGCGAAAAUCCUGUUACUCUGUCAUCGACCUGCUUUGAGGGGUAUUGGUGACUUCAUGACACAACAAGCACUGCUCAAAACAUAUACCGAUGCAAUCUGCGGUCUCGCCUCGACCCUCACAGAUGAUGCUUCGAGCAUUAUGUCUUCUCAAUGCCUGUUCAUCGCGGGCCUGUGUAUUCAAGAUCCCCGGGAGCGGCAGGAGGUCGUAAAGCUUCUGAAAGCCAGUAGAGAGCGAGCUGGUUGGCCAUUCAACCCACUUUCAGAUCAUCUCCAAAUGAUCUGGAAUGGUUCGGCCGAAAGCCCAUUACCAUGA